GCUGCCGGUGGCGCGGCGAGCGGGGGCACGGCGGGACCUCCGAGCCAUGGCCCCGCCGCUCCUGCUGCCGCUCCUGCCGCUCCUGCCGCUGCUGCUGCUGCCGGCCCGCGGCUCCGGUGCCGGGCUGGAGGAGAAGCUCCCGCACGUCGAGCGGUACGAGACGGUGCUGCCGCGGGAGCUGCCGCUGCCCCGGGGGAAGAGGGACCUCUCCGCGCCUCCGAGCACCUACCCAGGCCAUGUCCUCUACGGCGUCCGUGCAGAAGGCAGGGAAUAUCUCCUGUGGCUGGAGAAGAACAGGGCCCUGCUGGGGCAGCACUACACCGAGACUCACUACUUGGCCAAUGGCACGGAGGUCACGGAGAAGCCGGACACCCAGGAUCACUGCUUCUACCAGGGCCGUGUGCGGGGACACCUCGACUCGGCAGCGAGCAUCAGCACCUGCAGCGGGCUCAGUGGGUUUUUCCGUGUGAAUGAGACCACCUUCCUGCUGGAGCCGCUGGAGGGGGCGGUGGCCGGCCGGCACGCCGUGUACCGAGCAGCUCACCUGCGGGGGAAACGCGGCACCUGCCGGGAGCCCGGCACCACCCUGGAGUACGACCGCGAGCCCAAAAUCCCCGCAGCCAUGAAGCUCUACCGCUGGAGGUCAGGUCCGAUACAAAAGGGUCCCCGGUACGUGGAGCUGGUCCUGGUGGCGGACAACCAGGAGUUCAGGAAGCACAAGGACCUCCGCACUGUGCAGAACCGCAUGAAGGAAAUCGUGAACCACGUGGACAAGCUCUACCAGCCCCUUCGCCUGCGGGUGGCCUUGAUUGGCCUGGAGGUGUGGAACCACAGGGACAAAAUCACAGUCAGCCCCAACCCCGAGGUGACACUGGACAACUUCCUGCACUGGCGGGAGUCGGAGCUGCUGCGGAAGAAGCCCCACGACAACGCCCAGCUGAUCACGGGCAUCGAUUUCCAUGGCAACACCGUGGGGCUGGCCAAGAAGCUGGUGAUGUGCACCAGAGACUCGGGCGGCGUCAACCAGGAUCACAGCACGAACCCCAUCGGCGCCGCAUCCACCAUGGCUCACGAGAUGGGGCACAACCUGGGCAUGUCUCACGACGAAGACGUCGCCGGCUGCCGCUGCCCCAUCCCCAAAGCUGACGGGGGGUGUGUCAUGGCAGGGAGCGUUGGGCUGGUUUACCCCAAGCUCUUCAGCCGGUGCAGCGAGCAGGACAUGUGGCAGUUCCUGGGGGACCCUCGCACCAGCUGCCUGCUGAACGCGCCGCGGGCGGACGAGCUGUACGGGGGGCCGGUGUGCGGGAACCAGUUUGUGGAGCGGGGAGAGCAGUGUGACUGCGGCACUCCAGAGGAGUGCUCGGACCGCUGCUGCAAUGCCACCACGUGCCAGCUGAGAGAGGGAGCCGAGUGUGCCCGAGGGGAAUGCUGCCAGGACUGCAAGGUGAAGGCUGCAGGAGCGCUCUGCCGGGCCAGCAAGAACGACUGCGACCUUGCCGAGCACUGCAGCGGCCUCAGCGCCGAGUGUCCGGAGGACGUGUUCCAGGAGAACGGCAUCUCCUGCCAGCACGGCAAUGGCUACUGCUACAACGGGGCCUGCCCUUCGCACGGCGAGCAGUGCCGGGCGCUCUGGGGCGCAGAGGCGCAGGUGGCUCCUGACGUCUGCUUCAAGCACAACAGCGAGCAGCACGUUCACCUGCACUGCCUCACCGAGUACGGGAAGCAGCCCUGCAGCCCCAAGGAUGUCAAGUGCGGAACGCUGCUGUGCCUGAGCGACAGCGCCCAGCCCAUCCUCGGCAGCGGCUACUACUCCUUCGGCUACUUCUUCGGCCGCUUCAAGUGCAAGGCGGUGAUCGCGGGCAGCGACGCCGGCGAGGCGGCCGAGCUGCGGCUGGUGCCCACCGGAGCCAAGUGCGGGGAGGAGAUGGUCUGCUACGCCGGGCGCUGCCAGAACCUCCUGGUCUACGGCGACAAGAACUGCUCGGCCAAGUGCAACAACCACGGGGUGUGCAACCACAGGCGGGAGUGUCACUGCGACCCCGGCUGGGCAGCGCCCUACUGCGAGCAGGAGAUUUCGGGGAUAGCCGCGGGGAGCGGCAGCGUGGUGCUGGCGGCAGUGCUGGCCGUGCUGGCCCUGGCCGGCAUCGGGCUGGCCAGCGGCGUGGUGCUCCUCAGAGCCAGGGCGGCGCGGCGCUCCCACAAAGGGAGCUCCGGCGGGACCCCCUCGGGCCUCGCCAACCCGCUGUUCCAGGAGGGAGGCCGGACGCGGCCGGGCCGCCGCCAGCUGUCCGGCCGGGACAUCGGCCAGCCCAGCCUGGUGAGCAGCACCGCGGCCCCGCGGGCUGCCCGGGCACACAGCCCCCUGCUCACCCUGCAGCCGGCGGCACCCGGCCCGCAGGGGACCCCUCCGGGAUGGUCCCCGCAGGUAAGCAGCGCUCCUGAUGGCCCCCAGCCCGAGCUGUGCGGCCACAUCCGUGCGGUGGCCCGGGCUGGUGGCCUGGGGGGCCCUUCCCUCCCUCCCUCCCUCCCUCCCCUCGCUGCCCCGCUCCGGGUCCCUCCCGGGAGCCCAGCUGAGGCACCCGGGUCUCUCCUCCCGCCAGGCGAAGCCGAAGCCGCCCAGCAAACCUCUCCCAGCGCUGAAGGGCAAAGUGCCGAGCCGCGGCGAGGGACCGGCCCUGCCACCGCCAGCCUUUCAGCGGUGUCCCCCGCCGAAGGUGGCCCUGAAGCCGCCCCCAGGCAGGAGGUGACCAAGGAUGCUCCAUCCGCCACGGCGGCCGGCAGAGGAGCGGCACAGCUGGGUGGGUGGCACAGCUGGGCAGCCACCGUCUCGCUUCCACCCUUACUUGAAUUGCUGGCCGGACCCUCGGACCCUGCCCGCGGUGGGCACCAGUGUUUACAGAUCCUCCAGUCGUGCCUUAAUGGACUCGGCAGCCUCAGGGCUGUCCCAGGGGGAGCCGUCAGCAGGAGACCAGCAGCGGGGACAGUGCCAGCUCCGCUCUGGAGGGCUGCCCCACGUUGGUCCAGGCUCUCCUGCGCCCUGGGAGCUGCUGCCUUCCCUCCCGACGUCCUGAAUGUGUCCGACUGCUCCUGCCCUUCCCUGCUGGGGCUGCGGAGAGAAGCUCCUGGCAUCAGGGGGAAGGAAGAGCCCCGGGAACACCGCCCUGGCUUGGGGACAUCACACGGGGGGAAUGUCACCGGGGGCUGUGGCAGGUCCAAGCUGGGCUUGGCCUCUCCACGGGGCUUUCAUCUCUGGAGUUAUUCCUUGAGUUACUGUUCGAAAGGGAAUUCCCUGGGAGCCUUUUUACCGCAGCCAUUUAUUUAUGACCCUUAUGUGACCAUUUUGAGCCACUUGCUGUAAAACCAGGCUUCCCAUUUUUUGAUAUAAUUUAGGUUCAAGGCUUUUAUACUAAUAAAGACUGAAGG